CGACGUUGGACAGGACAAAUCUUGCUGUUCCCCAAAAUGCUGACAUCACCAGUAUCUCUGAACAAACUUCAAUUUGAUCUGUAAAGGUCUAUCUACCUACACCCCUCUACACACCACACAACCAACCAGCUCUAACCAAAUCGGCACCUCUGAAACCCAAGAUGGCUACUAGAUUUAAAGCCCUGAUGGCUACGGUGGUCACCCUGUUGGGGGCCACCUUGGGAGGCCUGUUACUAUGGCGACAGCCAACCCUGAGGACACAGAAGAAGCGGCGUCUAGCUCCGGGUCAGAUAGGGGUCAGCACUGGUCCUGUAUCAGUGGAACAGCUGGGUCCUGUGAAACCAAAGCCUGUGGUUGUGGAGCUCGUCGAGUCCCAGCUAACCCCUGGUCAGAGCCUGGACCUCCUCCUGCCUGUUUCACUGCCCCCUGCUGACCAGCUCUUGGCAGUGCAGUCAGUGAUGGUGAGCUCUGAGGAGGAUUGGGAGCAGCUGUGGCCGUCACUGCAAAAGGAGCUAUCAGUCUACCCCGUCCUCGGGCUGGACUGCGAAUGGGUGUCAGUGAAGGGUCAGCCAUCUCCGGUCUCCCUCCUCCAGAUGACUUCCUACUCUGGCCUGUGUGUGGUGGUGAGGCUCCAGCUGCUCCGAGGAAGCCAGCAGGACUUUCCCCUGAGCUUGAAGGAGGUCCUCCGGGACCCCCAUGUCCUGAAGGUGGGCGUGGGCUGUUAUGAGGACGGGAAACGUCUGACCAGAGACUACGGUCUGUCUCUGGGGAGUACCGUGGACCUGAGAUAUCUCGCACUACGACAAAGGAAGGUAGUGCUGAACAAUGGUUUGAGCCUCAAGUCUCUGGCUGCUGACCUGCUCAAUGUGUCUCUGGAUAAAUCCAUGGCUCUACGGUGCAGUAACUGGGAGGCUGACCAGCUGACCCCAGAACAGAUAACUUACGCAGCCCGAGAUGCCCAGGUAUCCAUCGCCCUGUUCAUCCACCUGCUGGGCCUCAACUCAGACGCCACGCCCUCACCUGACAGUGGGAGUGGCUAUACCCAGCUGGCCAAUCGCUGCCAGGGCCUGGUAGACACACCCUUCAGGGAGAGGGGUGGAGGAGAGGGAGAGGACGGUGAGAGGAAGAGGAAGAAGCGCCAGCAGCCUACUUUGGAAAGCCCCGAGACUGGGGACCAGCAAGUACCAGACCCCAGGAGGAACAACAAGAGAAAACCGCUCGGUGUGGGCUACGCUGCUCGGAAGUCUCCUCUUUAUGACAACUGCUUCCUCUACGCCCCGGAUGGACAACCCCUCUGUACCUGCGACAAGAAGAAGGCCCAGUGGUACCUGGAUAAAGGAAUAGGAGUGCUGCAGAGUGAGGAGCCAUUCAUCGUGCGUUUGCUGUUUGAGCCUUCUGGACGUCCAGACUCCCAGCAGGACUACUACCUGACUGCCAAGGAGAACCUGUGUGUGGUGUGUGGCAAGAACAACUCUUAUAUCAGGAAGAACAUCGUUCCUCAUGAAUACAAACGUCACUUCCCCUCGGAGAUGAAGGACCACAACUCCCAUGACAUCUUGCUGCUGUGCACUUCCUGUCACGCGGCCUCCAACAUGCACGACGGCUUCCUGAAGCAGCAGCUGGCUGAUGAGCAUGGCGCGCCCCCAGGGUGUGAGGAGGGCGUAUGUCUCCUGGAGGACUCUGACCGCAGGAGUCGUUCUGCCGCCCGAGCCCUGCUCCGUGGGGCGGGGCUUCCAGAGGCCAGGAGAGAUGAGCUACAGAAGGUCAUAAGGUCCUUCUUCAACGACACCGACGUGGAGCUGACUCCUGAGACACUUCAGAGUGCUGCAGGCCUGGAGACCAGGAUCUUCAAUGAGAGCUACGUUCCCCACGGGCUGAAGGUGGUGAAGGCGACCGCCGAGCAGGGCCUGAAGGGAUUAAUGGAGCUGGCACGAUGGAGGCAACACUUCCUGUCUACCAACACUCGCUACCUUCCUUCUCUCUGGUCUGUCAGCCACAACCACAACAAGUUACUACGUUACGGAGAGGACCUUCCCAUCCAGCUGAACUGACCCACAGUCACCACACCAGUCUGGUGCCCAGGCUACAUCUGUCUGGUGCCCAGGCUAUAUCUGUCUGGUGCCCAGGCUAUAUCUGUCUGGUGCCCAGGCUACAUCUGUCUGGUGCCCAGGCUACAUCUGUCUGGUGCCCAGGCUACAUCUGUCUGGUGCCCAGGCUACAUCUGUCUGGUGCCCAGGCUACAUCUGUCUGGUGCCCAGGCUACAUCUGUCUGGUGCCCAGGCUACAUCUGUCUGGUGCCCAGGCUACAUCUGUCUGGUGCCCAGGCUACAUCUGUCUGGUGCCCAGGCUACAUCUGUCUGGGGCCCAGGCUACAUCUGUCUGGGGCCCAGGCUACAUCUGUCUGGGGCCCAGGCUCAAUUGUCUGGUGCCCAGGCUGGAUCUGUCUGGUUCCCAGGCUGAUCACAUCA